CCUCACUCUUCACUUUUAUCUAAUUUACCACCAAUUUCUUCCACCGGAAGCAGAAGCAGCAACAUCUCGGCGGCCGAAUUCUCCCGUGUCUGCCCCUCCAGCAACAAUGUUCUCCCGAAGCGUCCUGAGGUCAACAACGGGCUUAACCCCACCUUGCUCCUUCGCUUCUCGUCCCCUCUCCUCCGUCCUCAAUUGCAACCAGUCCUCUUUCCUCUCUCUUCGUCCAUUCCAUCAAACAGCUUCCAACAUGUCCGGAAACACCAAGGCUUUCUUCGACGUCCAGUACGCCCCUGUGGGCUCCAGCGCCCCCAAGACGGCCCGCAUCGCCUUCAACCUCUACGAGAAGGACGUCCCCAGGACCGCUGCCAACUUCCGUGAGCUUUGCAAGAAGCCUCAGGGUGAGGGCUACAAGGGCUCCACCUUCCACCGUGUCAUCCCCCAGUUCAUGCUCCAGGGUGGUGACUUCACCCGCCACAACGGCACCGGUGGUCGCUCCAUCUAUGGUGAGAAGUUCGCCGAUGAGAACUUCAUCCACAAGCACACCAAGCCCGGUAUCCUGUCCAUGGCCAACGCUGGUCCCAACACCAACGGCUCCCAGUUCUUCAUCACCACCGUCGUGACCUCCUGGUUGGACGGCAAGCACGUCGUCUUCGGCGAGGUUGCCGACGACGCUUCCAUGCAGAUCGUCAAGGAGAUCGAGGCUCUUGGCUCUAGCAGCGGUGCUAUCCGCUCGAACGUCAAGCCCACCAUCGUGGACUGCGGUGAGCUUUAAAUUGCCCAACGGAAAAGGAAUUUUUUUUUC